CUUUGUAGGUCGCUCAUGGCGCAAGGUUUCGUUGUUGUCGGUCUUGAUUCACGACAUUUUGCUCCCAGUUAUCUGACUGCUUUACUAUAGCUGCUGCGUUAUUACUAAUAGCUGUCAAUCCUUUUCACUAAUAAGCCUUACUUAAAACUCACUGUGCUUUCGUCUUCCAGAUUCUCUCACGCUACGUAGCGUGAGUGAACAGUACUGUUCACUCUUCCAGUGCAUAACAUACAACCACACUAAACGCGAAACUGCCAAAGACCUAACUUUACAUCGGAUGGCUGAUGGAAUUCGCGAUCCACCUCCCGGCCUUUUAGACUUAGCGGUUAUUAAUAGAGGUCAGAAAAUUAUUGAUGAAUUAAAAAAGUCAUACUUUCCCUCGAAAUACGCACUCUAUGCUGCUGUUUUUACUGGCUUUCGUUCAGUUCGUCUUGCAGCUGAAUGGAUAUCAUCCCGCUUAAAUGAUCCACUUUUCAUCAAAGAUUUUGAAGUCGACUUUCAUGUACUCCUGAGUCUGGGAGGAAACUUUGAAUCGGACGUCUCGUCCUUUUUGUCAGCCGCGCGAGUCGCUUUAGGAUGGGACUAUGUUUGUGAUCAUCGGGCGCAAAUUCCUUUGCUUCAUCUGAGAGUCAAACCCCAUGAUGCACUUCAUUUAAAGUCCGUUUUCGUGAAGUCGUUCGGUCUGUCGAUCCCUCUAGUGACUGAUGACAAGCCCCUGGAGUUCUUAGUAAAUACGGACACCUCUGUGGUAUGCAAAUUUUCCGACUCCAGGAUAUAUACUCUACUUCAAAAGCUUUCAGAAACCUUUCUUGAAAACUUGAAAAAAGCUGACGUAAACGUCUGCGUGGUUUCUAAUCCAGGCAAAUUAAAUUAUCCUUUCACAUUAGUCAGUGGUAUUAAUAAUGCUGAGAAAAAUUCGGUUUUGAUUCAACUAAAUGAAAUGUAUUUAUCUAAUCAUUACAUUAUUAACGAAUUCGACCAAUCGGUUAAUAAUCAGCCAAAGUUCUGUUUAUACUCACAUGAUCCUCGUCUGAGAGAUCCAAGUUAUGAGGUAUUUGAAAUGUUAACAGAUGUAGAAUUCUAUCCAUUUUCCCCAUUAAUCAGUUCACAUAUCACUAAUGAUUGUAAUAAAAGCGGUGAUCAGAAAUCUUCAACUUUUAUUGCUUGUGAUACUAAAUUGACAGAUAGUUCUAAUGACAAUCAGUCACAGUGUGAUGUAUCUUUGAAUCAAGUCCCUGCUUGUGUGAUCAAUUCUACUGGAUGUCGAGAACGUUUUCUAGAACAUUACGUUGGUGACUACAUAUUAUUGUUUGAUUCAGUUUCUCUUACUGAACGACAAGGAUGUCCAGUAGGAAUUAAUUUGUGCACUGGUGAGUCUGGUUUGUUUAACAUAUCUGCUGGUAGACGUAUACCACAAAGUCAAACUUGGACAUUACAUUGUUCCGUCCCACUAAACUUUACUUCUUCAGCUAAAUCAUGCUUCAAACAACAUUGCCCAACUAGUACAAAUAAUGUAAAUUAUAGUGAAGAAUUUAAAAAGUUAACAAGUCAAAAUUCAAGUGUUAUUGCAAAAAAUACAAAUUCAACUUGCCUUGUCCUAUCACCAUGUCUUUCAAAUUCAUCGGAAUAUUCCUCUUCCUUUUUUUCAUCAUCAUCAUCAUCAUCUUCUUCUUCUUCUAGUGAUCCUGUAAAGAGUAAAUCAAGUGUACAAACAUCCAUAACAACCAAUAAUAAUAAUAUAGACAAACACAUAACUGAUAAUCGAUGUGAUUCAUACUUCACUAGUGGUGCAAAUUCAACUUGUCAAAAUGAAUUUCAAUUAUCAUUAAAUAAUGAUGAAUUAAAUGAAGCUAAUUCUAAAUAUACUAAUAAUUAUCAAUCAACAGUUAAACGUCAUAAUCAUAAUAAAUCAAGACAAAUUUAUGUUAUGCGACAUGCUGAACGUGUAGAUAUUAGUUUUGGUCAUGGAUGGAUUACUCAAUGUUUCAAUCAUAAAGGAGUUUAUCGUAGAUUUAAUUUAAACCUCCCACCUUGGCUACCUACUCGGACGGAUUGUCUUGAAUAUAUUUUAGAUUCACCGAUUACCCAAAUUGGUUUAUUUGUAUCAGCUGAAACAGGUCGCGCUUUGGCAGAUGCUGGAGUUUAUUUCACAGCGUGUUAUUGUUCUCCAGCGUUUCGAUGUGUUCAAACUGCUUGUGAAUUAUUAAGAGCUAUGGGUCGUUCAGAUUUAUCAAUUCGUAUAGAACCACAUUUAUUCGAAUGGUAUGGUUGGUAUGUUGGUGGUUGUAUACCAAAAAUGAUGACUGUACAUCAAUUGAAACAAGCUGGUUAUAAUGUAGAUACAAAUUAUACAUCACUUAGCUCAUACAAUGAUAAUGAUAAAUAUGAAUCUAUUCAAGGUUAUUGUGAUCGUACUGCUGUGUUAAUUAAGCGUAUUUUAAAUGUUCAUAAGUCGAAAGAUACUUGUUUAUUAAUUGUAGCCCAUGCAUCAUCAUUAGAUACUUGUACACGUCAUUUAAUAUGUCAUAAAUUUAGAAAUAAUCUAUCAUCUAAUGAAUUUCAUCAUCGUACAUCAAUUGUACCAUAUUGUGGUUUAUUAUUAGCACAAGAAAAUCGUCGAUGGAAUUUAAUUAAUCCACCAAUACCAAAUUCAUGUUCAUAUACAAGAAAUAUUGAUUUUGAUUGGAAACAAUUACUUGGACCAUCAUUAUGCAAUUUUAAAUUAAGAUAAAUAAUAAUAAUAAUAAUGAAUUUUUUAUUCUGGUUAGCGUUUUUUUUAGCGAGUUAUUUUUCUACGGGAUGCAGCCGCUAACCCCCAUGUCCAACUCUCCUCUUUUAUCCGACCAUGGGACUGGCAAUAGCCCCCGGAGGGACUCCAGGCGAAGUAAAUAAUAAUAAUAAUAUUAAAAUGAAUUAUAGAAAAUAGAAUUUAAUUCUUUUAUUCAUUUAUAAAUCUGCAUUUAAUUCAAUUUCUUUUUAAUUGCCA